UCGCUCUCUCAGUCCUGUGCCUCCGUCUCUGCCACAUCUCUUGAACUUCUGAACAUCAGGAAAAACAUUUUUGGGGAGGGAAAUAGCAUUAUCAUAUCAUUUUACUUCGGAAAUGCAAGCAAUCAGGUCUCUCGUCAUCCCCAUAUGGUCUUCAGAUACACGUCUAGAUGGGAAGACAGCUAUUGUGACAGGGGGCAACUCUGGAAUAGGAAAAGAAACAGCCAGAGACCUGGCUGGCAGAGGUGCCCGGGUCAUCUUGGCGUGCAGAGACACAACGAAAGGAGAGCAAGUUGCUUGCGACAUCAUGAAGGAGGUGAAGGGAGCGAAGGUAGUCACCAAGCAACUGGAUCUGGCUGACACCAAAUCGAUAUGCCAGUUUGCUGAGAAUAUCUACAACACUGAGAAGACUCUUCACUAUCUGAUCAACAACGCAGCCGUGGCUAUGUGUCCUUAUGCCAGGACAGUGGAUGGAUAUGAGAUGCAGUUUGGAGUCAAUCACUUGGGCCAUUUCUUCUUGACCUUUCUGCUGCUGGACUUGCUGAAGCACUCUGCCCCAUCCCGGGUCAUCAACCUGGCGUCAUCAGCUCACGUCUUUGGCAAAAUCCAGUUUGAUGACCUGAAAGGGGAGAAAAAGUAUCACCCUGUCAGGGCCUACGCACAGAGCAAGCUGGCUAAUAUCCUGUUCACCAGAGAGCUGGCCAAAAGGACUGAGGUUCUAGGUGUGAUGGCUUACUCAGUGGACCCUGGCCUUGUGAACACUGACAUUUUUAGGCACGUAUGGCGUCCUCUUGUGGAUAUAAUCAAGACCUUCGGUUUUGUGGUCAGGACCCCAGCAGAGGGAGCCUACACCACCAUCUACUGCACCGUCACUCCUGAGAACCAGCUGAUCACUGGAGGAUACUACAGUAACUGUUCCAGAGCAGAGAGCUCCAAGGCGGGUCAGGAUGAUGGCACAGCCCUAAAGCUGUGGGCUGUGAGCUGCCACCUGUUGGGCAUCCGCUGGAGAUAAAUUUAACCUUC